AUGGCCGAAAACGCAGCAAAGCGCCUCAAGACAGAGAACGGCGUGGUUGCCAUUGGCACCCACAAUGGCCACUUCCACGCGGACGAGGCGCUGGCAGUCUACAUGCUGCGAACCCACAUCCCAACGUACUCGGGCGCAAAGCUCGUGCGCACGCGCGACCCGAAGCUGCUGGACGAGUGCCACACCGUUGUCGACGUCGGCGGCGAGUACGAUCCUGCCCGCAACCGCUACGAUCAUCACCAGCGGUCCUUCGGCACCUUCUUCCCCGGCCGCCCGACCAAGCUGAGCAGCGCUGGGCUGGUGUACAUGCACUUCGGGCGCGAGAUCAUUGCGCGCCGCUUGGCGCAGCCCCAGGAGAGCGAGCAGGUCGACAUGGUGUGGCGCAAGAUCUACGAGAGCUUCAUCGAGGCGCUGGAUGCGCAUGACAACGGCAUCAAUGUCUACGACUCAGCGGCGCUCGCGGCGGCGGGGCUGCAGAAGAAGUUUUCCGACGGCGGGUUCACGCUCGGGGCUAUGGUCGGCCGGCUCAACCCCAAUUGGAACGACCCGAUGCCCGAGGAUCCGGUGGCGGCUCAGGAGGCCGAGGACAGGCGAUUCGAGCUGGCCAGCCAGCGCAUUGGUGAGGAGUUUGACCGCGAUCUGGACUACUUCACGCGGGCGUGGCUGCCCGCACGGGAGGUUGUUGCCGAGGCGUUUGCGGGGCGGGUUGAGUACGACAGCAAGGGCCGCAUUCUGGUGCUAAAACGGCAGUCGGCGCCUUGGAAGGACCACCUCUACAGCCUGGAGGAGCAGAAGCCCGAGGGCGGCCAGGUUCUCUACGUGCUCUACCCGGAGAAACCGGUCCCCGACGCCAAGUGGAGGAUCCAGUGUGUGCCGGUUGCCAAGGACUCGUUCGAGAGCAGGAAACCGCUGCCUGAGUCAUGGAGGGGAUUCCGUGAUGAGGAGUUGGAUGGGAUUUCCGGUGUGAGCGGCUCCGUUUUUGUGCAUGCUUCCGGCUUCAUCGGCGGCAACAAGAGCUUUGAGGGUGCGCUAGCCAUGGCGAAGAAAGCGCUCGAGAUGUAA